ACAAAUAGAAUCCGGAACUGGAAACCUGACAACAAGCCUCAUACUAAUGCCAUUAUCGGAACCUACUACGCUUGCUACUCUGUUGUUACUCCGUGCUGAAUGGACGUUCUCCACGUGUGCUUCUCAACUAGACGCAUACGCAGGUGGGCGUGUCUUGCCUGUCUCAUUGCUCUAGUACUCAUAGCCGUCGCAGUCGUCGUGAACGUUGGCAAGUACAUGAGUACGGACGUGCCUAUGGAAGCCAAAGAUCAUGUAGCAAGACGCGAAGUAAGAAACGCUAAUGGACAGCAGACGAGAAACUCUCAAUCUGGACCAUUUGGGAGUAGAAUAGAGAUGGUGCAACAUGGAGUCAGUGAUUUAAAUCAGCAAGGCGGACAUGGUGUCAACAUACUGGGUAGUCAGACACGCUUAGCAAUUCAACCUCAAGACAAACGAUCCCAACUACAUUCAACCGAUAAAUUUCGAGUGUCGAAUAGUGAAGCAAAGCCACAGAAACAGAUGCAUGGAAAUGGGUUGGAUGUCAAGUCUACAAGCAGCCAACUAUUACUCCAAAAUAAAGAGGGAAAACAAAGGAGUUUUAACUAUAAAUUGAACUCACCGUUGUCGUCUUUCAAUCAAGCUGCUACUCGUGUGCAUCUCUUGCAACUACCUAAUGAUGAGGCUGGAAGGUUUGUUCAGUUUUUGCGACGUUCUGUGGGGUGUGGAUCACGCACGUCGUGUUGUUUUGAUUCGUUGGAGUGUAAAGACUGUGGUGUUCUUCGUCAUCCUUGUAGAGUAAAGGAUGCGUUUAGUUUGAGGAUUGAUACAAGUGUUGUUAGUGCUAUUCUGAUUCAGCAUCCGGUUCAAAGAGUUAUGUCUUGUUUUGUUAAUGCUAGAGUUGGAAAGAGAAGUUGCACUCUACCAAAUGACAUAACUACUGCUGUUGCCAACAAGAAGAUGAGUGUUAAAGAGUUUGUAUCACAUAAUUGCACUAGCAAUGUUUUAACUCGAGCUCUUCUUGGUGACUCACUACUGCCAUGUAAAUUUGGAAAGAUCACACAAGACCAGUUUCUGACAGCAAAGGCAUUGCUUAUGAAAAUCGACUUUGUGGGAUUGAAAGAGUACCUACCUCAAUCAGCACGCCUCUUUCAAACUCAACUGAAACAGAGAGGUUUCAUCAAGUUUGUGAACGUUUCUACUAACGACAUUCCCAACGUGCUUGUCUCUCCGGUGUACGGCGAAGAACACAGGCAGCAGUGUCUGUCUGACGAAGAGACGAUCGCCAUCUACAGAAGCAACAAAUACGACCUAAAACUCUACGAACAUGCCGUCGACAUCUUUUUUCAACAACUCUGCACAUCUGGUGUACAUUGCUACCCGAUGACCGAAUUGUCGCACGCAGUCAUGCUUGAUGCGGAUCCGUAUUAUUGGUACAGAUCACCGUAUGCGCCACUACCACAGAUAAUAUCGUUUCUUCACAUUCCCAAGACUGCAGGGUCGGCGUUUGUUCGAGUUCUGCGUCAGGCUGUUGGUUGUGAUUCGGUGUGUUGGUGCACGGGGACGUGUCACUCGUCGUGUCCGUAUGUUGUCGGUCAGUGUGGUCAUAAUUCUGACGUUCCUACUGGUGUGUGUGGCGGGCAGCCGGUUGUGGCGGCUGUGAUUAUGAGGGAUCCCGUUCAGAGAUUGGUGUCGAACUAUGAGCAUGCGAAGACUGUGAAGAAAGGAGAAUGUUGUGGACUUCCAAGAAGUGUUUCUGAUGCUGUCAAUGAUUCGAAAAACAGCCUAUCACUUCCCGAGUUUUCCUCCCGCAAUGGAGUCAGCAACGCUAUGACUCGAAUGUUGGCCGGUUUCGAUGUUUACGAUCCAACGGUUGUCGCCGACCAGAAAACUCUCGAGAAAGCAAUGUCACAACUCACUCAUUUCGCAUUCAUUGGCCUACAGGAACACUACGACGAGUCGGUCAAGCUGUUUUACAAAACCAUGAAAUCAUCAGUUGAUCCACCAAAGUCUGCAUUUGAAGUUCUCAACAGGAGGAGGUCGGCCAUGCAGUUGUCUGAACGUGAUUUGAAUCAGAUUCAAGCAUCAAACUCGUUGGAUGUGCAGCUCUACUCAAUGGCAAAGCGACUGUUCUACGAACGACUUUGCGAAGCCAAGAUUGCAUGUCAUAAAGAGAAUUCGUAAUAUUUGAACCUGAUUCGUUGCAUUGUUAAGACUGUUGACCUACUACAUUGUAGAUAUGUAGUAAAAUAAAUAAAUAAACAAAUAAAUAAAUAGAUAGAUAUAGAUAGAUAAUGACUAAUAAUUAAUAUUUAUGUGUUAGUGGUUGAAAUUCUUUUGAUUUAGUAGAUGGCAGUGACAGAAUUACAAUAUGUACAAGAAUACACUAAAAAUGAGAUUAGUCCAAGAAAGGAAUUGCUGUAAUCAUGCACAAAUAGAAAUUUGGU